AUGUGCAGCAAUAGGAAGAUCGUCUGGAGUCUGGUGGCGCUCUCCCUGUUCGAGAUGGGCGUUGGAGUGGCCAGUGUUACGCUGGGCGUGUUGGAGCUCCAAGGCGUGGUGCAGCAAACCCAUCUGUCCACCUCCACACCGAUAUGGAGCGGCGUGUUCUUCCUGCUGUGUGGACUCUGUGGGCUGCUGUGCGCCAAGAAGAGGACUGGACUGACGAUGAUCCUGUUCUCCGCCUGCUGUAUCUGUGGGCUCAUCGGGGGCAUCCUGAACAUUCAGUUUGUGCGAGCGCUGGCCAGGCGGAUGGACGCUCUGCCCUCUCUUCACCUGGCCUCGCUCACUCUGGCCUGCAUCGGGAUCGGGGGCUGCACGCUGUCCACCUGGCUGACCUGCCGGCUGGCCAGCAGCGAGCAGCAGAGGAUGUUUAUGGAGAGGGAACUUUCUCUACAUCACUCUGUGGAGAUGGCCGAGAAGGUGAAGAACGUGCACGGCUAA